CUUUCACCGGCCGAUUUAAAAAUCACCCAUUAAACACGGACCUGCUAAAAUCUCUUCUCACCUCCUUUUCACAUCUCAGUCUCAUCAUCGCCGGAGACCAAAAAAAAAAAAAAGAUGUCGGAAGAGUUCGCAAUUCGAGUAGAGCAAGGUCUCAAGCUUUCAAGAAGGAUAUACUACGGCAAAGGCAUCACUCCUCCUUUAGUACCGGCGGAUCCUCCUUCAUCGCCGGAUAAUUUUCUCCCGACGGCGAUUACGGCUUACGCUUCUAUCACAGAUCCGGUGGCUGUUGAUAACCCCGAAGUUCCUAGUUACCAGCCGUACGUUCACGCACGGUGCGAUCCUUCGGCGCUAGUGCCGCUUCAGAUGCUUGGAGUUGAGAUGAGAGUAGACUGCUGGCUCGACACGGCGUUUGUCAGUAUCUCUGGACGGUGGCGAGUUCACUGCGUUAUGCCUAGCAAACGCUUUGACUGCUGUGUCGGUGUUCCCAUGGGUGAAAAGGGCUCACUUCUAGGUGCUGAGAUUGAUGUUUUGAGCAAUGAGAAAUCUUACAAGACCAAACUAGUUACAGAGGAUGAAACUUCUGACUUUGAAAACGUUCAUAAAGACAAAGAUUCACGUUUCUUCAAGUCUCAUAUAUAUACUUUCAAGAUCCCACAUGUUGAUGGAGGAUCAAUCUUUACGGUUAAUGUGAAUUGGUCUCAGAAAUUGAUUUACAGAGACGGCAAGUUUCAUCUAAAUGUGCCUUUUAGAUUCCCUGCUUAUGUGGUUCCUGUAGGCAAAGAGAUUAUUAAACGAGAAAAGAUUGAGUUGAACAUGAACUCUUGUGUUAUUGGCGGCGAAAUAGCUUGUAAUUAUACAAGCCAUCCUUUAAAGGUGACUCAUCGUGAAGCUGGUAAAUUAAGUUGUGAGUAUGAAGCUGAAGUAUCAUCUUGGUCAAGGACUGAUUUUAGUGUUUCAUUCAAUGUUUCGUCUGGUGAUCUGACUGGUAAUGUUUUGGUUAAGUCUCCAUCUCCAUGGGAUUCAGAUGAUAGAGGAAUGUUCUGUUUGUACCUUUUCCCUGGAACCACCAAACAUAAGCAGCUUUUCAAACGAAGAGUUGUGUUUGUGAUUGACAUAAGUGCAAGCAUGAAAUGGAAGCCACUAGAGGAUGUGAAGAAAGCUUUGUUAGAGUGUUUGGCUAAGCUACAAGCUGAAGAUGUUUUCAACAUAAUCGCCUUCAACGAUGACAUUAUGGAGUUCUCAACUUCGAUGGAGUUUGCAACAGAUGAUACUAUCUCUGCUGUGACUGAAUGGCUUGAUAGUAAUUUGAUUGCAAAUGGUGGAACAAACAUGUUACUUCCCCUCAAACAGGCUAUGAAACUGCUUGAAGGAAGCAAUAUUGGAGUUCCUCUUGUAUAUCUUGUCACUGAUGGAUCUGUUGAAAACGAGAGAGAGAUAUGUAAUGAUAUGAAAGAAUGUUGUAGCAGAAAAGGGAAAUCGAUUUCUCCUCGGAUAUCUACCUUUGGCAUUGGUUCGUUUUGCAACCAUUACUUCUUGCGAAUGCUAGCACGGAUAGGGAAUGGUUACUAUGAUGGCACGAACAACACAGAUUCAUUUGAGCAUCAGAUGAGUAGACUAUUUGAUAUAGCUUCUUCAACGAUCGUAGCCAAUACCACUUUUGAUGCUCUCAAACUCCUCCGCUCAGUCGAGUUGUUUCCUUCUCAGGUUCCAGACAUUACGCUCGGUGAUCCGUUGAUCUUGUCUGGAAGAUACAAAGGAGAGUUUCCAGAUGAAAUUGAACUCAGAGGCACACUGGCUGAUUUGAGCUGUUUCACAAUAGAGUUAACAGUGCAGAAGGCUAAAGACAUUCCUCUAGACAAGGUUCUUGCAAGGAGACAAAUCGAUGAACUCACUGCUCGAGCUUGGUUCGAAGACAAGAAAGAGCUACAAGAGAAGGUCAUGAGAUUGAGUAUACAAACAGGGGCUCCUAGCGAGUACACACAAAUGGUUUUAUCACUCCAGCAAGACGACGAAGAGAAGACAAUGGCAAGACCAGUUUCAAUCAAAGAGAUUCUAAGAAACCCGCCGUACCAAAUCCACAAGCAGAUGCAGAGGAACAACAGCUUUCGAACGAGUUUGCUUGGGAAGCAAGGGUAUGGGUUCGGUAACAUUGUGGCAACGUUAAAGAACGUGCCACCGUGGAUGGAGGAGCCUAAGGAGGCGGAUGGAGCGGAACUUCUGAUAAGAGCGGCGUCAGGAGUGGUGGAUCGAGUUUGCUGUAUGUGUUGCUUGCAGUGCAUGUCUAGGGUGAGCGAUCAGUGCACCGUAGUCUUCUCUCAGAUAUGUGCAGCAUUGGCUUGUUUCCAGUGCAUUGGUUGCUGUUUCGAAGUCUGUGGCUGUCUUGACCUCUAAUAAAUCAGGAGGACAAUGUCAAAAUCAAAAACUAAAGAAAGAAUGUAAAUUCAAUUAAUGGGUUUACUCUCUUAGAAAAAGUUGAAAAUCAUAUAAUUAGUGUGUAAUAUCUGUAUCUGUAAUUAGAAGUUGUGAUGUACGUCAAAGUUUUAAAAAUUACAAGACUAAUGUAAUUGACUACUAAUA